AUCUUUGACACGUAGGCUUAUAGCGACUUGUUGAGAUAUAUGCCUAGUUGAAAAACGGAAAGGUACAUCGACGACUGUCUUUUUGAGCCAAAUAAUUACUAAAAAUGGAAAGGAAAACAACACACCUUCAUGAAAAGAUUCAAUCCAAGGAUGAGCAAGGAAUAAAGGAGUUAGUAAAGAGUCAUCCUGAAUGGAUGGCCUUUAAAGAUGAAGAGUUUGGUGAUAUUCCUUUAAUGUAUGCGAUGCAAUUAAAAGUAUCAUGUUCUGAGGAUAUAGUUUUAUAUUUGUUGAAUGAAACGCCUACAGAGUGCAUAAACGACCAAAACGAUAAUCACGACUUUAAAGAAAGUUUGAUGCCUACUGAAAAUUUCAAAGAAUUUUUUCCCUCUUUGCUGCAGAUAAGAUAAGAUAUUAUUUACAAUUUUCAUAAUAAAUAAUAACAAUCGGUUUAAUUUUUAUUAAAUCCCCUUUUCAUUGUGUAUAAAUACAUACGUUAUAUUAAAAAUAUCCAUCUUUGACGUGACACAUUCAUUAUUCUAUAG